AUGGGCCUACCGCAUAUAGCUUCCGUCAUGGCGCAAGUCGCAGCCCCUGCCGUGCCCGUCGCGGCGUUCGUCACGGCACUCAGCGUGACGUCCGCGGCGGACGCGAUGGUGAGCCCCGUUUGUCGCUCUCCUGCUCGACGUCCCACUGCUACCGCGCUAGCGAAGGCGAGUUGCGCGGGGGCGCUCAUCGGCCCCCCCCGUUACGCCCAUCCGUCCCGUUCGUCGCAGUCCACCUGCGAUCCCGCCAGUGCCAGCAGCAUGUGCGGUCACUGUGAGGGGGAGGAAGGGGGUCAGGGGGUGGCAGGACGACGGCGGCAACCGUCCGCGCCAGCGCCAACGGAGUUCGUUGGUGCCCGCGCCAGCGCCAUCCCGCUCCUCGCCCUUCUCUCUGUUGCGCCCUACUACGGCUCCUCCUCCGCAUCGCAGCAACUGCAACGGCUGUGCGUGCCGCGUUGGGGGUGGGGGGAGAGAGGGUGUGGGGAUGGCGGGUACGUCAAGGCAGCCAACCCUCAUCCUCUCUCUUCCGCUGCACCUCUUCUCGCUCUUCGGCCUCCUCUCAUCUCCUACUCGUAA